AUGUCUUCCACCUCUUCUGCUUCUUCCUACACCUCCGGCCCAAGCUGGCAAGAGCGCCUUGAAGAGGCUUGCCGUGAUGCUCAGAUCAUGCCCCCCACCUUCCAGAUUGUGUCUGAUCGCCGAGGCGGCCGAACAGCUUGGUCUAGCCAAGUCACAAUCCGGGGUCAGAUGUUUGCAGCCCGCUACUGGUACGAUGGCAAGAACCUCAACAACGCCAAAGAAGACGCCGCCGAGUGCGCCCUGAACUGGUUGAGCAGGGCGGCUUGGUGA